CACAAACUUUCCUUCAGUACACUCUUCUCACAGAAUUGCAUGCACAGAUAUGGACUGCGGUGUUCAAGGUGGUAAAUCAUACGGUCUGCUUAAGUCUCAACAGGAGGAAAAACUGAAUUCUGUCAAUGAGGCUUUUCUUUCAGAUCCCCAAUAUGAAGAAGAAGAAGACCUUGCCUCAAAGCUCGACAUGUUUAAAAAAAAAUACAUGGAGUUUGAUCUUAAUGACAAAGGAGACAUAGAUAUGAUGGGUUUGAAACGAAUGCUGGAAAAACUUGGACUGGCAAAGACUCACCUAGAGCUAAAGAAGAUGAUGUCAGACGUGGUUGGAGGGGCAUCGAAAGACACAAUCAGCUACGCCGACUUCCUGCAUAUGAUGCUGGGAAAAAGAAAUGCAAUUCUAAAACUGAUACUAAUGUUUGAAGGCAUGGGGAAGGAACAGCAGCAGGAAGAUUCUGGACCACCUUGCCGCAAAACCUUUUCUGACCUGCCCUGAAAGAGCUCCAGUUGGAAUGACUUAAAUACUUGUUAACAGGGAAGAAUUUGACAUUGUGUAGAAAAAUGUUUAUAUCAAAUAAAUUAAAGAACGGAAACUGGAAUGAAUUGUUUGAGGU